CAUCUGAAUUUAGGUAACACGCUGCUUGCGUCCAAUGAUAUCAAAAGAAAAAAAAACGAGGGGGGUUAAUCAUUUACGCAGCCACUUAACACGCGGAUGUGUAUUUAUUUACUUAUCAGUAUCAGUCAAUUUCCCUCCCCGCAAGUGCACUUUUGCAUGUCUGAGUACGAUAAGGCAUAACACAAACAAUCCUGCAAUCACUGGAGGCCUCUCAUGGCCAUUAAAAGUCAGUAGUUCAACUGAGGAGUGGUUCUCCAACUCUCAAGUCCAUAUAGGCCUCCUUUCAUCAAGAGGCCCUCGUAAACAUCACUACAGUUAAUAAAGUGUAUUGUGGUCAGUGCAGUCCCAAGGUGCAGCGGUGUGUUUAUCAGCCACAGCAACAAGUCACAAACUCCAAAUGCAGCAGCCGCAGCAGCCGCACAGAGCCCCGGACACCGCGCGCAGCCGCCGGGACCCACAUUUAUGAUCAUGUACAGCGCUUAUGUUAUUGUUAGUGGGAGGGGAGCACAUGUCUUGUAAGUGAAAUUACGCUCGGCGAAAGGAGGCUAGAGCUGUUUUGUAUUGUUGCCGAUGCCCCGCCUCUGAUGGUAGCCUUAAACCUGGCACCCAGCUAAAACAAACCAAAGCCAGCACCGAGCUCCCACUCAAUCCAAUUAAGGCGGACUUGAGGCGCUCUCCUACGUGUUCAUCUACCAGGAUCGACGUUGAGACAACAGGAACCAGAGGGGCUUUGGCCAAAAAAAAAAAAAAAAAAAAAGAGAGAGAAGGAGAGAUUGCCUUGCCUUCUAAUUUCUCCCUCUCCAGCCCCAGAACAAUGUCGAUGAGCCCUAAGCAUACGACUCCUUUUUCUGUUUCCGAUAUCUUGAGUCCUCUUGAGGAGAGCUAUAAGAAAGUAAGUAUGGAGAAUAACAACUUGGGGGCACCUCUCACUUCUUACCGGCAGCCGCAGGUCUCUCAGGCGGCGAUGCAGCAGCACCACAUGGGCCAUAAUGGGACUGUCUCUGCGGCUUACCACAUGACUGCGGCAGGUGUUUCUCAGCUGUCACACACGGCCAUGGGGGGCUACUGUAACGGCAACCUGGGCAACAUGGGCGACCUGCCGUCGUACCAGGACGGCAUGAGGGGCAGCACCACAGCCACCGGCUGGUACGGAGCCAACCCGGACCCGCGCUUCUCCACCAUUUCUCGCUUCAUGGGCUCGUCGUCGGGCAUGAACAUGGGCAGCAUGGGCAGCCUCAGCUCCCUGGCAGACGUCGGUAAAGGCAUGGGCUCUCUGUCCAGCACCCCGAGGAGAAAGAGACGAGUGCUGUUCUCCCAGGCUCAGGUCUACGAGCUGGAGCGACGCUUCAAGCAGCAGAAAUACCUGUCGGCGCCGGAGAGGGAACACCUGGCAAGUAUGAUCCACCUCACCCCGACCCAGGUGAAAAUCUGGUUUCAGAACCACCGGUACAAGAUGAAGAGGCAGGCCAAAGACAAAGUGUCCCAGCAGCAGAUGCAGCAGGACAGCGGCUCGUGCCAGCAGCAGCAGCAGCAGCAGUCCCCGCGGAGGGUGGCCGUGCCGGUGCUGGUGAAGGACGGCAAGCCGUGCCAAGGCAGCGGCCACACGCCCACAUCCUCCGCGCAGACCCUCCACCAGCAAGGGGGCAACGUCAUGAUCAUGUCCAACAACACGUCCGGCCUCGGGCAGCACCAGAGCCAGCAGGUGGGGAGCACAGGUCACUCUCCAGAUUUGGCGCCGCACUCCUCCAGUCCGCCGUCCCUGCAGAGCCAAGUGGCCGGCCUGUCUCACCUCAACUCCCCCGGCGCAGAGUACGGCUCGGCCCUGCAGUGUUCGGCUCUGUUAUACGGCAGGACAUGGUGACAAGAGGCGCCCGCUAUGAUUUAAAACCAAUUCUUCUAUUUAAAGAAAAAAAAAACAGACUUUUUUUUUCUUUCAAGACUCUACAAGUUCCACUGUAAAUGUGCGCAUCUGAACAAGAACCGAGAGAAAUCGGUGCAGCUCCUCUUGAAUUUUCACCUUUUUUGGAAGGAAAUGUGACUUAUAUAAAGGAAGGAAGGAGGCAGAAACACUUUUGACCAGAAACUGCGGAAGUCUUUGGAUUUAUUUAUGUAAAUUAUAUUGAGAUAAAAGAAGAAAUCAGCAGUCAUAUAGGCCGCAGUAGUUUGGAGAAAGUGAACCUGAACAGGGAAACUGCUGUAUGUGGGUGCUGUUAACCCCCCACCCUCACCCCCUCACAAACACACAAACACACAUGACUCUGAUUUAUAAUAGAAUUUAAUGUAAGCCGUAGAUCUAGCUUGUAUAUUUCUGUAAAAGGUUUGAAUUUUAGCUAUCUGUUGUACAAAGUUUUUGACGCUAUUGCCGGUUUGUUGUCGUUUCAUUGGUAUUUGUACGUUUUAUUUCUUUGUAACUUAUAUAGAUAUUUGACUUACAACAAAACAGUCCUAUUAAUAAAUUAUGGAAACAAGACAGGACAGUUUUUUGUGAAAUAUGUCACCAUAUGCGGUGGUAAAUGGCGGGAAUAUGCGUUUGGAAAUGGAGUAAAAAUUAAAACUUGUGCGCCAUUAUUAUUAUUUGCACAUUUUAAAAUUUAUUCUUGGCCUUAUUAUGGAAAAGAAUGUGCAAGAAUUAAACAUCCAUGUCGUCAAAUAGCUCCAGGGUUGCCAAACUAACACUAUAUCAACACUCUUAUUCUGACACCACAAUUAAACACUGGAGUGUAUUUUUCUGUUUUAUUCUCACAGCUCUGCAGGCUUAUCGGCCCAGGCUGCAGAGCCCUGCAGAGUAAACGGCGCCUUUAUGAUUUCUUUUCUCUUUCUCCCUGUGUUUGGACUGUGUGAGUCAGAAAGGUGAGGUCUUUUCGGCUCCCUAUCAAACACAAACGCUGCGCAAAGAACAGCUUAUCGAUGAAAUCCCUGACCAAACAGCGCGCGAGGCCGAGCCGUCGGCGCGAGGCUGUAUCAGCUGCUUUAUCAAUAAUCAAUCAGGAGGGGGAGGAAUUGAAAGGAAACGACGACAGUCUGUUUGUGGCCGCGUUUCAAUAAGAAAGCGACACGAACAUUUCUUUAAAGAUUAAACUCUCUAUUUUAGGCCGCCUGGCUUUUUUUUAACGGCCGCACCGACCAUCACCCGCAACCGGUUAUUUAUUUUCCUUAAAUUGUAGGCUCUGUAAAUAAAAGCUAUAAUAAUCAUUAGGGACUAUUCUCUCGCCGCCUAAUAGCGCUAUAGGUAUUAACAGUAAACAGUGUGGUUGCUAAGCGACGGAGGUAAGGACAGGUGAUUUUCGUUUACGGCUGAAAAUAAGUUGUUUUGUCGCAGGUCCUGUGGCUAAAAUCUCACAUAGUUUGAGUCUGGAUAAGAUGCAGAUACACUUGAUUUAAUUUAUAUUCAAUGAUGACAAAAAAUGCGUUUUUAUUUCAAUUAAAUGUCCUCAAAUUUCGUUAUAUAGCUCCAUGGAAGAAAGAUUUAAAGCGCACAUAUUUUUACAAAUACAAAGAUUCCUGGACUGUUACCCAUCAUUUUGAGAUAAUGAUAAUUUCUGUAUGGCCUCAUUUUGUAAA